AUGUAGACCAAACUUUUCAGCUUACUCUUGAUCUCUAUGGUGCUAACAGGCAAUGUAGCAUCCUUCCAGCUCCAAGCCCCAAAAGUAGAGGAGUAUACUCUUUUUGGAGAAUUCGAUCCCUUAAUUCAAUUCGUAAAAUUCAAUGCAGGGCUUUCCCUCGGGAUUUACAAAGGACUUUUAUGGUAAAACGUCCCAUAGUACAGAGCUGAUGGCUGCUAUAGAGAAUUAUGGGACUUAGCUGACAAGAUUAUUACUAGCUUCAGUUUAAUUGGAAGAGGUCCAGAACAUCAAUAUAUCGCUUUUGGAAUAUUUUCUGUUGACCUCUCUUAGAGACUUUACUCCGCUGCAAAUGUUUGCAUUCCCUUGUUUUUCGAAAACCCAGCAACUUUUAAGGCUGAGGUUGAUCCAAUUAACAAAAUUGAUCUAUACACAAAGUACAUCCUCAAGAUCUUAGGAAAUAUCUACAUCAUGCUUUACAAUACUGAGGAGUAUGUCUUAGGCAGAGGACUUGCUGAUCUUUACUUUGAUGUUUCACAUAUGAUUAAGCCAUCUAUAGCAUGA